AUGUGCUUUAGAAAGGUGGGUAAGAUAUAUUUUCCAGUAAAAAAAUCUAAUUAGUAUGUCUACGCAAUGUCUCACAUAAAGUAAAUCAUGCUAUUAAUAGCUAUUAUAACCUCAACCCUAACAUAGUCCAAGUCCCAGAUGAAUAAAUUCACAAUGAUAUUCGACAUAUAUUUAAUUCGGUGGAAACGUCCAUUGUUGUGCUGAAACUGGCGCGUUUUCAUAACGCAUACGUCAUCACUGUGCGACUUUGCGAGUAUCACUAAGCGGCACUUUUAUCUCAUUGAAUGGAGAAAGAGAAUAAUACAAUUUAGUUCAUAGUAUUCAAGCUAACCCUUUCAGUCCGUUUCUUACAUUUUAAUAUAGGAAAUAACUCAUAAUGAUCGACACAAUCGAAAAAGAAGACACUAUUAUCAGCGAAGAGGAGGCUGCUCAGUAUGAUCGUCAGAUUCGCCUCUGGGGUCUGGAUGCUCAAAAAAGACUUAGAGGAUCACGGGUACUUCUUGUUGGACUCCGGGGUCUUGGUGCAGAAAUUGCUAAGAAUCUUAUUUUGGCUGGAGUGAAAGGGUUGACUCUCCUGGAUCAUGAGCAGGUGACAGAGGAGUCUAGAAGAGCUCAGUUCCUCAUUCCGGUGGAUGCAGAUGCUCAGAACCGAGCCGAAGCCUCUCUGGAGAGAGCACAGUUUCUUAACCCAAUGGUAGAGGUGAAGGCAGACACUGAACAAGUGGAAAGCAAACCAGAUGACUUUUUCUACCAGUUUGAUGCGAUUUGCUUGACUGGAUGUUCCAAGGACCUCAUGGUAAAAGUGGAUCACCUUUGUACCUCCCGGAACAUCAAGGUCUUCUGUGGAGAUGUAUAUGGUUACCACGGAUACAUGUUCUCCAACCUUGGCCAGGAGCAUCAUUAUGUAGAAGAGAAGCCCAAAGUGGUGAAAGGCUCUGAUGAGGCCAAUGAUGGUCCAGAGGCAAAGAAACCAAAAGUGGACCCCAAUGAGACCACUAUGGUGAAAAAGACGGUCAGUUUCUGCUGUCUCAAAGAGGCCCUGGAGGUUGACUGGACCGAUGAGAAAGCAAAAAGCAACCUGAAGCGUGUUCCUACUGACUACUUUCUUCUGCAAGUGCUUCUGAAGUUUCGUACAGAUAAAGGUCGCGAUCCUCAGCCAGUCAGCUUUGCCGAAGACUCACAACUACUCCUGCAAAUCCGUGAUGAUGUUCUUGAAACCAUGGGUGUGAGCUCGGAACUGCUCCCCAACACCUUUGUCAGUUACUGUUUCUCUGAGAUGGCCCCGGUGUGUGCUGUAGUUGGUGGAGUUCUGGGGCAAGAGAUAGUCAAGGCUUUGUCUCAGAGAGACGCUCCGCACAGGAAUUUCUUCUUCUUCGACGGGCUGAAGGGCAGCGGAGUGGUGGACUACUUCGGGCCCAAAUAAUCCCGUGGAGAAUGCAGAGAGUCUAACACAUGCAAUUCGUGGGGCUGCAUUUGUGCUCUCGAAACACCAUGGAGUUCGUGUUUUGCCAGUGGCCGCAGGCAUCAAAAUCUGUCUUUGGACCGUACCUUUGCGUAGCAGUAUGCCACACGUUAAUUGAUGCCAAAAGCAACAACAACAUGUUGUCAAGCCUUUUGUGUUUACUUGCUCAUAAAUAUAGAUGCUCACAUUGUUCACCAGGGUUAACCAAGACUUUCUACAUUUUGUAUUAAAAUAAAGAUAAUAGGGAAAAGCAUCAGAAUUGUGUACUCCUGUGAUGGAUCUCAAUAAUACAUUAGGGUGUGUUUGUGUAGUUCCCCUGCUGUCUCAGUGACACUAAAUUACAAAAAAAUGAAUAAACAAAGCAAAUAGGAAUUGUAAAUGAAUGAGGAAAUAUCCGAUGCUCCC